CUGCUGUAGAUUUUAUAGUUGGACUUUGAGCUUAGUUUACAUAACAUUCUGUCGGGUAAACACAUUUGUUUACUGCACUAGCUUCCAAAACGUUGCGAACAGUUAUUAAGCAUACAAUGGAGCCGUCUAAGAUUGCGAAAAGUCUUGUUAAAAGUGUCUCAACUGGUGAGAUGGUGGCUCUAGAAACCUUCUGGAAAGACUCACCGGUUGUUCUGACCUUUCUGCGACGAUUUGGCUGACAGUUGUGUAGGCUGGGAGCUCAGCAGAUUAGCCAGUUGAAGCCUCGGCUUGAUGCCAGUAAUGUUAAAUUAAUUGGCGUUGGCCUUGAGGAACUGGGUGUGGAAGAAUUUGUGAAAGGGGAAUAUUUUAAAGGAGAUUUGUAUAUUGACCUUAAAAAAGAAUGUUACAAGACUCUAGGAUUCAGGAGAUUGAAUGUUUUUACCAUGAUUCCAGCCCUUGCAGGCAAAAAAACAAGAGAUUCCAUAUCAGAGAGUCGUAAAGAAAAAGUGGAGGGAAACUUUGCUGGGGAUGGGUGGCAAAAUGGUGGCACACUGGUCAUUAAUACUGAUGGUAAAGCUCUUCUGGCCUUCAAGCAAGAGUCACCAGGGGAUCAUGUGGACCCCAACGAAGUUCUAAAGGCUCUGGGUAUUGCAGGAUCUGUUGAGGUUAAACCUCACACUGUUGAAUGUGGGGAGGAGGCAUGUGCCCUGCCCAAGAAAAAGUAAACGAGUCUCGUUGUGACAAGGUCAAUCUAAAUCUCAUUCAGUCAUUUUAUAGCUGUUAUUUAUCUUUAUGAAAUGUCAGUAUUCUAUAGCCAUUGCAUCACUUUUUAAAAUUACCUGGUGUUCAGAGUGAUAAGUUAUUUUGUUUAGCUUGUAGAAAAAAAAAUGUUUGUUUAUUCAGUGAUUAGUAAUUUUUUUUAGCUUGUAGAAAAAAAAUGUUACCUUAGUAGUUAUAAACUGAAAUGUUUCCUUCCAAAUUGAUAUCACAAUCACUGAAGGUCAUAACCACCGAAACUUAAACAGAUAAUUUAAGAAUUUCUUUUGAAAAAAAAUUGAUUUAUGAUUCUUAAGAAUGAUUUCAUGAUUUUAUACUGAUCUCAAUCAGAACUAUCUCAGAAAAUUUUAUUUGUCCCUUACAAAUGUGAUUCCACAAUCUCCGUAUCAUUUUCUAUAUAUUUUUUAUAUGCUCAAUGAUUUUUCAAUUACAUUUUGUAAUUUCUCCUGUCAAAAAAAUGUAUUUAAAAAAUUUUUUUCUUGUAUUUUUAUACCUACAUCUUGAACUUUAUCCUGCAUAGUUUGGAAGUUUUGGAUAGUUAGUUUAAAUGAUGAUGAUCUUAAAAAUCUUCAUGAUGAAGGUCAUCAGAUAGACUAAACUCUACACUUACCUGUAAAGUUUAGUAAUUGACUUUCCAUUUAACUUCCCUGGCUACAGUAAAGUUUCUGAUGUAGACUUUCAAUGUAUUUUUUUUACUUUAUACUUGACAGUGAUUGCAAUAUUAAAAGUUGUUUAAUACA